AAAUGUCAUGAGCACUCAGUAAGAUGCCCCAUAACAAACUGGAUUAAAAUCUAAUUUCUCUAAAUUUGUCCUUGUCUCCCACUUUUGGUUCCACCUUAUUCUCAACAGCAAAGAUGGGAUCGUAUCCUGUGCAGGCAACGUUCGAUCGACUGGCCCAACUCCCGGGCGUGCUGGCCGCCAUCCUGAUCGACGGAAAAGGGUUACCAGUGCGAUCUACCUUGAACGACACGGACACCAUGAGGUAUGCCAACAAGAUGCAGCCUCUGGUGACGAUGGCACGCAGCAUGGUCCAGGAAAUGGAGCCAACGGAUCAACUCACCUAUGUGAGGCUGCGUACUCGAAAGCAGGAGGUGAUGGUGGCCACUGAAAACCAGCACACGAUCAUCAUCAUCCAGGACAACAAGGUGCUUGACGAGUCCCGGCGGAACAGUAUCGCCCAGCAACAGAGAGCGUCCAUGUCUAAGAAAUAAGAAGCUAAGGAGAGAAAAGGAGAGGUGCAACGCAGUGCGCAGUGCAGCACGUCAUGCGGGCCGCAUAAAAAAAAGGACAUAAACAUGCCGCGCCAGCGUAGGGCUCCCCGGAGAAGUCCUUGCACGGACGAGCUCACAAAUCCCAAGCACUGAACUUAAAUCGUGGACCGAGCAGAGGAUUCGCAACCCAAAAGCUCGCCCAAAAUAAAAUCCACAACCGAGCGGGGCAAAU